AUGGUGGAGUUGAAAAGUGAAGAUAAAAUUAAAUAUACCAUCAAUGGUCCAUUUUUCGUCAUCAAAUUGGAUAAUCCAAAAAAUUUGAAUGCAAUGACAAGAGAAGAUUAUUUAUAUCUUGGUCAAUUAUUGGAAAAAUCUGAGAAUAAUCCAGAUGUUUAUUUCACUGUGCUCACUUCGACUGGUAGAUUCUUUUCAAGUGGUGCAGAUUUUGCAAAUAUAACAGCUAAAAAUGAGAACAGUAAUGAUCCUGAAUUGACGAAAUGGUUGAGCAAUUUUGUUGCUACUAAUUUGUAUGUCACUGAUAUGUUUGCUAGACAUUCAAAGGUCCUAAUUUGUUGUUUAAACGGGCCUUCUAUCGGUAUGUCAGCUGCAAUUGUAGCAUUAUGUGAUAUCGUCUAUUCAAAAAAUGAUCUAGUCUAUCUUUUGUUCCCAUUUGCUUCCUUAGGUUUGAUCACUGAAGGUGCCACUUCAGUCACAUUACCAAGAAAAAUCAAUGAUAAUGUAGCUUACGAAAAAUUAAUCUUUAGUCAACCCUUUAAAUAUGACGUUUUAAAGGGUAAUAUUAUUGUAAAGAACUACAAGAUAGAAGAUACUGACGAGUUUAAUUCAGCUGUCUUAAAAGACCUAAGUGAAAAAAUUAAAUACUUACAUUUACCAAGUUGCUUGGGAAUGAAGAAUUUGAUCCACUCUUCUCUCAGAGAUGAAAUAAUAAGAGUCAACUCAAUUGAAGUUAAUGACGCUUUAAAGUUUUGGUUACAAGGUGAACCUCAAAGAAGAUUCAAACAAUUGUUACUGAAGGAAAGAUCUCAUAAGCUAUAA